AUGGCCCCCAUCUCCAUCGCAGAUAUCGUGGCGGCCCUCCCCGCGGAGGACACCUGGGGUCCUGCCACCUCGGCGGACAACAUGCUUCAGGGUGUCCCCUAUGCUCCCUUCUCCAAGGGUGACAAGCUUGGCCGUAUGGCCGACUGGACCGCCGACUCCAAGGACCGUGACCGUGGCGGUCGCCAGGCGUACAACCGCAACUACAGAGAUCAACAAGUCUACGGAGCUGGCUCCUCCAGCCUGUUCGCCGUUCAGGUUGCCGAAGACGAAUCCUCCUUCUCCGUGGUUGACAACACUCGCACUUCAGCUAAGCGCACCUUUGGUCGGGGCGGUGGCACCGUUUUCCGUGGCCGUGGCCAGCGCGGCGGUAUGGGACAGCGUGGUGGCCGGGCUGGCUUCCAGCGUGUUGGUGCUGGUCGCGGCCAGGGUGGUGACCGCUACUACGACAACCGUGGCGCUCGUGGCAACCGUGGUCGUCGCUUCGGCUGGAAGGACUACGACAAGCCGCAGAGGACCCGCGAGCCUUCAGUCAACAUCCGCCCCGAUUGGUCUAUGCUAGAGGAGGUUGACUUCAACCGUCUGUCCAAGUUGAACCUCCAGGCACCUGAGGGUGAGGAUGUCGACACUUACGGCUUCCUCUACUACUACGACCGCUCUUACGACAAGGCCCCUGUCAAGAACGCCGAGCGCCGCUUGCAGGCUCUUGAGCGGGCUGCGUACAACGUCACCACCUCGCAGGACCCCGUUAUCCAAGAAUUAGCCGAGAAGAACGAGGCUACCGUCUUCGCUACCUCCGAUAUUCUCUCCAUGCUCAUGUGCGCUCCUCGCAGUGUGUACUCCUGGGAUAUCGUCAUCGUUCACCAGGGUAACAAGAUCUACUUGGACAAGCGCGAGGGUGCUUCGCUUGAUCUUGUGACCGUCAACGAGAACGCCGCUGAUGCGCCCAUGGAGGUCGCCGAAUCCUCUGGCAAGCAAGACACGAUCAACACGCCUAGCGCUCUCGCCAUGGAGGCUACAUUCAUCAACCACAACUUCGCCCUCCAGACCGUUGUCGAGGCCAACAACGCCAAGGUGGACUUCAGCCACCCUAACCCCUUCUACAACGCCGACGAGGAGACCGAACCCCUCGCCUCCAAGGGCUACAAGUACCGCCGCUUCGACCUCUCUCUGGAGAGCGAUGAGGAGCCUCUCAACAUGAUCGUCCGUACCGAGAUUGACGCCCUCAUGAAGAACCCCGCCAGCGGUGAAGACCACCAACUGGUCGUCAAGGCUCUCAACGAGUUUGACAGCAAGGCCCAGGGCUCCGGUGGUUCUCUCGACUGGCGCAGCAAGCUCUACUCUCAGCGUGGUGCCGUCGUCGCCACGGAGAUGAAGAACAACAGCUGCAAGCUUGCCCGCUGGACCACACAGGCCAUCCUCGCCAAGGCCGAUGGCAUGAAGCUCGGUUUCGUGUCUCGUGCCAACCCCCGCUCCGCCGCCGCUCACGUCGUCUUGGGCGUUGCCGGAUACAAGCCCCGUGAAUUCGCCGCCCAGAUGAACCUCAACCUCGGCAACGGAUGGGGUAUUGUGCGCACCAUCGUGGACCGCAUUCGUGCCCUCGAUGCGGACAAGGACGAGAACGAGGUCGUUAAGUACAUCUUGGUCAAGGACCCCAACCGUUCCGUCCUUCGUCUGUACAGCGUUCCCGCCAACGCGUUUGAGGAGGACGAUGAGGCCGCUGAGGAGGAGCAGGAGGUCAAGGGUGACGAGGAGGAGGCAUGA